GCUUUGCAGCUAUAUCGUCCAACUUCCAGCUCGUGUGCCAAUCCCGACGAUCACUCGUUCACUCGUGGUUGGUUGUCAAAGCCGAAGGCAGCCUUCAAGCCUCCGCAUGGCAAGCACAUCGCGCUAUUCCACCGAGAUGCCUGGAUUUUAUUCCCCGUCGCCGUCGCACGCCCGCGCAAGUUCCCGCACAAGCUACUUCGACCCGGCUCCGCGCUUCUCGUUUGCGACUGAAACCUCUGGGCGGCAGGUGAUGGAAUCAGACAGCCACGAGACCCGCAAUCGUUCCCCAUAUGGCGAGCACGACGCUACCACCACACAAAGCUUUACCACAUCAUCUUGGGGCGACAACUCGUUGGGAUUCUCUCGCUCUACCGACGCGAAGAGCCCUCCUCCGCUUGCGCAUGAUCGCUACGAGCUCGCCAAGGGCGGUAUGGAUGGGUCGUAUCAAUUUGGGAGACAGAACGGGGACUACGACGACUACUUCCAGCUUCAGAAGCAGCGCGGAAUGUGGUCGGUUCCCCCUACACCGCACGCCGGCGUGGCGAAGCAGCUGGCUAUGGAUGGGAUGCAGACAACUCCAAACGGUAGCAAAUCUUGGUCCAUCAUGGGCCUCGUCGGGGGAGUUGCGGGCAAGCUAUUCCAAUUCUGCACCGUACCUUUCCGAGGAUUCCAGGCAGGCGGUGGACAGAGCUACAAUCUCGACGCCCAGGGCGAGAUUGCGGCGAAGCUUGGGCUUCAAGACGACUCAUAUCUACAUCAAUCGGGCCCGGUUCAACAAAAAACGCCCGGCGACUUCCCUAGUGAUGUCUAUGGCGUGCUAUCGGCAGAAUUGCUCAACAACGAACGCCCCAGGAUGACGAAGCGAUUGCGCACGGCAGAUAAUUGGGUUGUCGUUGGCACGGACGGCGAGACAGAGUCACGGCCUUCAACACCGCGGUUAUCAGAGCGAAGACUCCCUGUCCAAUCGAGAUCACCAUCGCAAAUACCGCGCCCGGUAUCAAGAGCGGGCGCCACUACACCGUCGCUAAAACGGCCAUCCCUCAUUCCAGUAUCCCGGCGCUCGACCAUGGAUAGGCGCUCGUUCCACGGCAGUGCAAAAGUAAGCCCUAGUUCACACAAUGCACAGCGCUCUUACAGCCGGCUGAGCUAUGGAUCACCCGCCAUGUUCGAAGAAACCCCAAAUAAACCCCAAAAAAGCCCGCUACCCAAAGAGAGUCAGCGCCUCCUCAACAAAGUGCGUCGUGAAGAGCUCGAAGAGGAUGCCCGCGUACGAAGGAUGAGCUCCCAGAUGAGUGCGAUGCUUAGGGAAGCUCGUGAGGCACUAGGCUCAAAGUUCGAGGUCGAAGAGUUCGAUGAUGAUGACCAUGGUGCUAACGACGUUGGGUUCGCACAGCAGUCGAGUUGGUAUUCACGGUAGUAUGUUUGUAAUGUGCACCCCUACUAGGUGUCCCACCAAGAUUUCUUUUGUAUCGAGAUUUUACGCGUCGCUUCUAGGCUUGACGUGCUCUAUCCCUUUGCCAUCUUUCGUUAUAUUCGGCGUUUGGGGAUUCGAUUUAUACCCACGGCCUGGCACGGCAAUAGCUUUUCUUUUAAUCUACUUUAUGCGCGUCUGGACGAGCACGGUCAAAACAAUAGAAAUGAACAAACUUCUUCAUCGUGGAUUUAAAUGCGCUGUCUGUGAAUCAAUUUCUGGGUUAAUAGUGCAUUUUGUUUGAGCAGUAUUUCGACAUGCUCCAUUGGGACAGUACAAGGACAAGCACUAUGCGCGUCCAUUCCACCUAAAUAUAGCUCAUCGACGUGCCAAACAGGUCCGUCAGACGAUAUAGAUGUUCAAUUUGCUGUCUAGUGUGCCUCUCUGAGCACUCUCUAUGUCUAGCUAUGCGGCCUAGCGUGAGCACCC